GAUACAUGAUUCAGGCUGGUAAGUGACGGAAGUGACGGACAAGGUAAGCGACUCAUGUUGUAACUGACGUCAGACGCCGGAGAUUUUGGCGGAAAAUUAAAGCAAAUGGUAGUUUAGAUUUGAACAAAUUCCUUUAAGCUUCAGUAUUACCAAAUACACUUAUCAAUUGUCUUAUAACUAACAAUAUUUGUCUAAAUAAUCUCCAACACCCUGGAGAACAACGGGGAGAGUUUAGAGGCUCUCCAAGAUUACAUUGAUCAGUGCUUUCAGGAACUCGUGAUGAAGAAGGCCCAGUGUGCAGCUUCCCCGGCCAAAUCUGAGACGCCAUCGUCGAAAAGACUUCGCCCGGCAGAUUCCCACGGCACAACAUCGCCAGCCGGCAAAGAUAUUGCCGACAUACUGGAGUCAAUCGACAGGCGAUUGUCCAGCUUCGACGCAAGGUUGUCCUUGGUGGAGAUUCUACACCGGGAAUUUAAAUGCUUGCGAGAAUCCCUGGAGUUCAGCCAGCAGCAGGUGGAAACGCUCGCUGCUGAAAAUGCCACGCUAAGAGAGUCGGUGAAAUGUCUCACAGAAAAUGUGACCCAGCUCAAUAGAGAAAAUAAAAAAAUAAAAGAAACAGUUAUUGAUCUACAAGCUCGUAGCAUGCGUGAUAAUCUGGUAUUUUCUGGUAUUCCAGAAGCCGCUGGAGAGGACGUGGAGACCACGGUAAAAAACUUCAUCAAAACCCACCUGAAGCUGCCGGAGGACAUGGUGAAGAACAUCGUCUUCGAUAGGGUGCAUCGCCUCGGCCCUAUUCGGGCUGCGGGCCGGGAGACCACGUCCUAUCGUGGCCAAAUUCGGCCACUUCAAACAAAAGGAACAUGUGAAAAGCCGCGGCAGGGAAUUAAAAGAAACGGACUUCAGCGUGAACGACCAGUUCCCCAAAGAGAUCCUGGAAUGACGCAGGGUCCUCUUCCCAAUCCGAUGCAGCUUCAUCCAGAAGGGCUCCCGCGCUGUCAUCGCUGUGGACCGGCUGUACGUGGACGGACAGCUCCACCGCGACCCCGACAUCACUCCGUGGCUGUAUUAACUUCACACCAGAUAAGAAUCCGCUACACCCUUUCCCCAUCCACUCACACUAACUUGCAUUAACAUCUGUUUAACUUACCAGUAUCAAAUCGCAUCUUAGGUGUGAUAUCAUAGCAGAAUUAACACCGUCACUCUCCGUCAAUGGUUUGAUUGGAAUGUUUCCGGGGUUUUUUUGUUUUUUGUUUUUUUCUCGUUUUUUCUUCUCUCUUUUUUCUCCUCUUGUUUUUAUGCUGCUCACCCUUGUCCUUGGUUUCUUUCUUUCUUAUUUCUUUCUUUCACUGCUUCGAUCACCUGCUUCCACACUCAUCCACAAACAACAUCCUUUAUUUCGACACAUACGCACAGCACGAUCACGCACAGUCAUGCGCUCAACGGCAGCACAUUUACAUCAGUCAGACAGCGCACACAGACCUACAGGAUACACACACUGAAGCCAAGCGUACUCAUAUUAGUAAAUAUGCACACACAUAGUCAGACUCGGGGAGCAUCUCGCCACACACUUUUUCUCUCUCUCCCUCUCUUUAUUUAUGAACAAGUGAUGUUUUCUCUCCACCUGUCUAAGCGACACACACAGCAUACACCCCUAGUUAUACACAGACAUCUAUGGGUGCACUAAGGUUUGUUACAUGGAAUGUAAAUGGAGCUGGCUCCAGAGAAAAGAGGUUAAAAAUAUUUUACCAACUC